CACACACAAAAGCAGCAUCUCCAUAUAGUAGAGGUAUCGUCUGCUCGCCCCAUCACGUCAAAGCCCGGUAUCGCCCUGUACAAACCCUAUCCACUGCCGUCAAAGUCUAGCCUCGACAGCACCGCACAGAAGCGUUGGAUCGCCUUUGAGGCGGAUCGAGGAGGAGCAGCACGUCAUCAACACGGCCAGUCCUAGUGAAAGAAGUCACAUCAGAGAGACCUGUAGCCGAGAUGCCGAUCAAGUUCUGUGGAGAUUGUUCCUCCCUACUCUACCCAAAGGCCGGGACUGACCGGAGGCUACACUAUGUAUGCAAACAAUGUCCCUUCACGAUGUUUACGGUAAAUAAGGAGGACAACCAGAUCAGGCGGGAUGAGCUGCUGUCCGUCGUCAGAGAGAAACGAGGAGUGACUCAGGACGUCGAGCUGGAUCCGACAUUGAUGCGAAGCCGAAAACAAUGUCCAGUCUGUCAUGCCGAGUCGGCGGUGCAGUUCCAGGAUCAGUCGAACGAAGUCAUGCGAAAGUCGACGUCGAUGAUCCUCUUCUACAAAUGUCUGGCUUGCAAGGCCGACUUUGACGACGAGGAAUCCAAAGAGAGCGCCAAAAAGGACGAGCAGCGUCUCGCAAGAGAAGAGCGUAUCGCAGCCAAAAACAAAAAGGGUGGCAAGCCAGACGCUAAACCGGAAGGCAAUGCCAGGGAGCAGGUUUUGGCCGCAAGACCGACCCCCGCCCAGGGUCCACCGGCGUCCAUCGCUCAGUCUGGUACGGGCAACAUGGACGUCAUCGAUGCGGAAGACUCGGACGAUGAUGAUUACUGAUCGAACAAGGGGGAGCAAAGAGAAA